AUUCAUUGCCAAUAUCCCACAACUCUAACGACCAAUUCUCAAGAUUUUCAAGUAUUCUUUGAAACUCUGAUAAAUAAUACCCUAUUGAUCAUAAGUCCGCAAAAAAAAAAAAAUCUUCAAUAUGUCUACGUUUCUUGUUUAUCUUUUGGUUUGUAUUUCUCUUCAUGCAUGCAGUGCCAGACCAAUUGCAACAACUGACCAAGAAAACAAAAUACUACUCUCUAGCAAGGAUGUAACAUUUUUGACUAGUGACGUAUCUAAAACAGAAGGAAGAAUAAUCAUGUCCGAAAAUAAUGGAAGAGAUUAUGCAAAACUUAUGUGGAAGAAGAGAUCAAAUGCCUCACGAAAGGAAUUAGAUGAUGAAGAAAAUAAAGGAAACAAGGUCAAGAUAUCGUUUCAAGAGGAAGCUCAAUUAAAGAUAUUGAAGAGAGAAUCACGGUUGAUGCUAGAAUCUCCAACAUCAGCACAACAUGAAGAAGAAGCUGUGAACUCCAUUGGAAACGACCCCGUGGAAGAUGUAGUGGUUAUGGACUAUGCACAACCCCAUAGAAAACCACCUAUUCACAACACAAAACACUAGAUACAUCGUACAAAUAGAUGAAAAAUCAUACUAGUGUUUAUGUAUUUUGCUUUCUCGUUUAUACGUAUGUGAGACUGUUGGUCUUCAGUUUGUUCUUUUUAUUUACUAUUGUUUUCGCAAAUGAAGGAGAAUCCUAGAUGAGAAUACUCCCAUAUUAUAUUGAUACUCCAUGUAUGUACAAAUAGAAAUUACUAAGAAUUUCAAAAGCUAGUUCUAGCAAGAAAUAUCAGUGUUAUGGUCGCGUGUUACAUAACUGCAAUGGUGAUAUAUUAAAUGAGAAAGAAGGGGUUGAGGUUUAUUUAGGGCAUGAUGUGGAUGGAUAUGGUCCCUCAUAUUAUUCUGUUGCUUUUAUCAACUGUGCCUUCAUUUUAAAAAAGUGCAUACACAUAUAAAUAUAUAGGAAAAAUGUAGCAGCGGAGUGGAGUGGUGUGGUGGUCUCUCUGCUGCGAAUGUUUUGGUUGGUUUUUCUUCUUUAAUGAUGGAGACAGUUAUGUGUUCGUUUCAGUUUUGUCCCUACUUUAGUCCCUUUGCAUCUGCUAUACAAUAAACCAAAUCUAUUUUUGUCAUUUAUUACGUGCACAACCAUAACCAGGCAAACAAAUUUGUUAUUUGUCACUCCUUUUCUUCAGUUGGAAGAGUAUCACGGUUAAGGUUUGGGGAGGUAAAGAAAUAUUUUGCAUUUUUAUUCAUAGUUACUGGUAGUGUGAAACUUUUUUCCACAUUUGGUAUAU